AUGGCCAAGCCCAGCACUCACAAGUCUGCUGCCAAGCCAGUGCUGCCAAAAGACAAGCACACCAUGCUCAAGAUGGCUGCUGUGAUUGUUGCCCGAAUGCAUGAAGAUGCAGAGGAUCCCAGAUUCUUGCCCUCAGUGAAGUAUCCAGAUGUCGCACCAUUUGGCAACACAGUUGUGUUGCUCCUCAAUAGUCCCCAGUCUGCCCUCAUCUGUGAUUUGCCCAAGAAGUGGGUCCGACUUUUCACCCUUGACCAGCAAGAAGAGCUGACCACCUUGUCUGCACCACCUGAGGAGGAAGAGGAAAAGGACAAGGAUGAGAAGGUGUUUAAGGCAAUGUUGUCCAGUUUUUCAAUGACCCUGGGGAGCCUGGCCAGCCUGCUGGUGAAGGCCAAAAAAGCACAUCUUGUCAAGGGCACAGCUCCGCCUCCAGCAUCUGUGGAGGAUCUCUUCAUCCCAGAGACUCCUGAGCCUGAGCCUGUUGAAGAAAACGCUGAAAAGCCUGCCAAGAAGAAGAAGCAGAAGCUGGUGUGCAGCUAUGCCCUGGUAAAGCCCAAAAAAUGUGAACAGGAGGACAAUGAGGACUCAGCAGGGCCGUCAACAAAGCGGUCUUGCUUCCUGGAGGCCAAGAUUGAGCUGCCAGUCAUGCCGCUCCAUAUGGCAGAGCACAAGAUGCUCAAGCUGUGGAAGAGCCUGCACAUGGCACAGAAGGCAGUGGACGCAGUGCAGAAGGUGAUGGAUACAGUAAUGGGCUGGGCAGAUCAAGUCCAGACUCUCCUGGGGAGGGCUCUGGCUGAGUAA